AUGGUUAUGCCAGCAACAUCACGACAUGAUAUUUUGCUCGGAAGAAGGUCACAAAGAGAAUUCAGCAUGAUCACUUCCAUUCCGCAUGCGGCUUGUGGAUUUCCAACAGAAACCGGAGUUGCAAUUCUCUAUUCAAGCAAGGAAGUCAUGUCCGUAGAUGAUGAACCUCCAGCAAAGGCAGUCAAAACUUCAGCAUCAGAUGAACCAGAAAAAUGGGUUCUGAACGGCGAAUACCCAGAGCAAACCAUUUUGCUAGGACAUGCCAUGUCACCAACAAUACGGAUACAGCUGAAAAGCUUGUUAUCUAAUAACAAAGAUAUAUUUGCCUGGUGCCCAGCGGACAUGACAGGGGUACCACGCGAUAUCGCGCAACAUUACUUAAACAUCAAACCAUCAGUAGAUCCGGUCAUUCAGGGAAGGCACAGCUUCAGCGAAGAAAAAGCAAAAGCGAUGGACGAGCAAGUAACAGAAUUGCUCAACGCGGGAAUCUUGCGCAAAGUAAAAUACCAUACAUGGGUUGCCAAUCCAGUCAUGGUGCAAAAACAUAACGGCGGAUGGAGAAUGUGUGUUGACUUCAAAGACCUCAACAAAGCAUGCCCUAGAGACUGCUAUGCGCUCCCGGAAAUAGACAAGAAAGUCGAUUCUUUAGCAUCAUUCAGGUGGAACUGCUAUGCGCUCCCGGAAAUAGACAAGAAAGUCGAUUCUUUAGCAUCAUUCAGGUGGAAAUGCUUUCUCGACUGCUAUAAGGGUUAUCACCAGGUCCAGAUGAAAGAAGAAGACGAAGAAAAAACCGCAUUUCGCACAGACAAAGGCAUCUACUGUUACACUAAAAUGCCGUUCGGGUUACGCAACGCAGGCGCCACAUAUCAACGCCUAAUGGACACAAUCUUUAGCGAGGAUAUUGGCAAAACUGUCGAAGUAUUCAUGGAUGACCUCGUCAUCAUGAGUCAUGAAGAAGAGACGAUGCUCCACAAUAUCCAGCGCACAUUCGAUUCCUUACGAAGCGUAAAUUUAAAAUUAAACCCGACAAAAUGCUCCUUCGGAAUGGAAGAGGGAAAGUUUUUGGGUUUCAUAGUUACCAAAGACGGUUUUAAAGUCAAUCCAGAGAAGGUACAGACCAUUCAGCAAAUGCCAUCACCGGCAACAGUCAAAGAAAUGCAAAGGCUUGCCGGACGAUUAGCAGCGCUAAAUAGAUUUUUGGCCAAUCAUGCGGCAAAAUCUUACCCAUUUAUCAGUACGCUGCGAAACUGCGGUAAGAAAACUCCCUUUCAAUGGACACCCGAAGCAGAAGCAGCGUUCAAGCAAAUGAAAGAAUAUUUAAUCCGAUUACCAACGCUGACCGCACCAAAAGAAAAAGAACCAUUAAUCUUGUAUCUGUCAGCCGCGGAGGUGGCAGUAGGCGCAGUAUUAAUGGUAGAGCGGGAAAACAUUCAGACUCCAAUCUACUACAUCAGCAAAAUGCUCACCGGUCCUGAAACUCGUUAUUCAAUGAUAGAAAAGCUGGUUUUAGCGCUAGUACACGCGUCCAGACGCUUGCGCAUGUAUUUUUCAGGCCAUGUCAUCACAGUACUGACAAAUUAUCAUCUGGGUCAAAUCUUGUCAAAACCCGACAUAGCGGGGAGAUUAGCCAAAUGGGCCAUCGAGCUAGGAGGCUACAACAUUUUUUACAAACCAAGACCUGCAAUCAAAGUGCAGAUUCUAGCAGAUUUUGCCACCGAAGUUCCCAUUGAUAAAGUACAAGAAUGUGAGGCAAUCCAGAACCCGACACCUGUUUUUGACGACAGAGUCUGGACCUUACACACUGAUGGUGCUUCCAAUGACGAUGGAGCAGGAGCAGGUCUCCGAUUAGUCAGCCCGGAUAAUCACGAACUCACAUAUGCUAUCCGCUUAGACUUUCUAAGUACCAACAACGAAGCGGAAUACGAAGCAUUUUUAGCAGGUCUUCGUCUAGCACUCAAAAUGGGAGCAAAAAACCUUGAAGCUAACGUAGACUCAAAACUAGUAGUUGAACAAGUUAACGGUCGUUACGACGCAAAAGGCGAGGCUAUGGCGUUGUACCUUGAACAAGCACGGAUGCUAAUCAAUCAAUUUCAGACAUUCAAAAUCAGUCACAUAAACAGAAGCGAGAACAAGCAUGCGGACACACUAAGCAAAUUAGCUGCUACUAGCUUUAAACACUUGGCAAAAGAAGUACGCAUAGAGGUAUUAUCCAAUCCCUCCAUUCACUUGAAACAAGUAUGCGUCAUAGAGAUGGGGAGUCCAUCCUGGAUGUCUCCAAUUAUUUUGUAUCUCCAACACGGGAAGCUCCCAGAAGGAAAAGCAGAAGCCCGAAAAAUACAACACAAAGCAAUAAACUACGAGAUGGCGGAUGGCGUCCUUUAUCGAAAAUCAUUCAUGGGUCCGUUACUACGUUGUGUUGAUAAAACAGAUGCUCAGUAUCUGGUUAGAGAGAUCCAUGAGGGAUUAUGCGGGAUACACGCAGGACCGCGCAUGGUCGUGGCAAAAAUAAUGAGCGCCGGAUACUACUGGCCAGGAAUGCACAUGGACGCAGUUGAUUUAUUACGAAGAUGCGAGUGGGGCAUUGAUCUUGUUGGCCCAUUUCCUGAUGCGCCAGACGCAGUAAAAUUCAUCAUCGUUGCGGUAGAUUACUUCACAAAAUGGGUGGAAGCUAAAGCUUUAGCCUCAACAACAGCAAUGGUAAUUCGCAAAUUCAUAUGGGAGCAUAUCAUUUGCAGAUUUGGGUUACCAUUGCGCAUUAUUUCUGAUAAUGGCACCAAUUUCGCCGCGGAAGACCUUCAAAAAUGGUUCAAGGAAAUGAACAUUGAGCACAGCUUCGCCUCCGUUGCGCAUCCUCAAGCGAAUGGUCAGGUAGAAAGCAUAAACAAACAAAUCGUUGAUGGUAUAAAAGCGCGACUAGGGACAGCGCGCAGAGGAUGGGUUGACGAGCUUCCCAGCAUCCUCUGGGCGCAUCGAACAAUGCCAAAGACUAGCACCGGAGAAACUCCGUUCAGUUUAGUCUAUGGGUCAGAAGCCGUCAUUCCAGCUGAAAUAGGCCUACCCUCGCCGCGCAUGUUAGCAAUGAAAAAACAGGACAACGAGCAAGAACGGAGGAUGGAUUUAGACCUUCUGGAAGAAAGGCACGAGAACGCGGCCAUAGCAGAAGCAAGGUACAAGUCCAAGUUAGAGAAAUAUUACAACGCUCGUGUGCGCAUCUGCACUUUUGUUCCCGGAGAUUUUGUCUUACGCGACAACGAGGCUUCAAACGCUGAAAAACCCAGAAAAUUAGCGCCGAGGUGGGAAGGACCCUAUGUCAUCAACGAAGUCUUGGGUAAAGGAGCAUAUACCCUAAAAAGGGUUGAUGGGACUCUAGUUCCCCGCACCUGGAACGCGCAACAGUUGCGCAGGUGUUACAUGUAA